GCCCGGCGGGAGGCGAUGGCGACGCAGUUCACGCCGCAGCAGCUGACGGGCGGCCCCAAGUACAGCCACAAGGUCAAGAUCGGCAACUGGAGCGAGGACCUCGAGCUCGAGGAGAUCAAGCUCAAGGAUUACCUGUCGAAGAAGGGUUGCCUGCAGUUCGGCAUGAGGGUCAUGCUGUACAACCACCAGACAGCAGGGGUGCUGGGCGCCAACCCCUUCGACGCAGCGGCGAAGGCAUACGGUGCCUGGAUGGCGACAACGUGCCCAAUGACCGACCCCGUCGUGCGGAACGUCUUCGAGCUUGAGAGCACGGACGGCUCAGACGGCGUGGUCCUCUACGGGCAGACCAUCCGACUGAAGCUGCAUCCGUUCGCAAAGAUCACUUCCCCUGCCUACCUGCAGAGCGAGAUGGUGACCCCAGUGUCGGCCGCCAAGUUCUCCAGGUAUCAAGAGGUGUUGGUUAUAUCCGAGCCGGCGGGGGACACCAAGUGGCAGAUCCACCACCCCGACCCAGACCUUCGCGCCGAGAUGGAGGGAGAGGCUGUCCCUGCCGGCAAGCCAGUGCUCAUCAGACACGUGCAGACAGGAACCUACCUUGCCUCCGACAAGAUCCCCUACAAGAACCUGUUCGGGCCAGAGUGCGAGGUCCACUGCCACUCGCACGCGCCGCUCUCGAAGGGCGGCGUGCUGGCGGGCGAGGCCAAGGGCGAGACAGAGAACAGCAUCAAGCCCAUGGGAUUGCCCAACACGUGGACGAUCGUGACGUCGACGAGCGGUGUUGAGGAAGGGGGUCCUGGCCUCGAUCUCACCGGGCUGCCAGCUUGA